GUGACAGAAUAUUUAUUAAAAACCAUGAUCGAGGUGAAAAAUAUUAGAUUCCUUGGCCUGACUUGCCUUAGGUUGUUUCAACGCCAGUCUUUCUGAAUCAGUUGACCAGACUCACCGUACAGCCAGCAUGUUGUCGUCAUUCAUUUUGACCGUUAUCUUCACCAGCCUUGUCUGCUGCACUGCUGGUGGGGUUGUCGAAGAACUUCAUCAUAUUCGCUCAAAGCGAGGGUUGGCCGAUUACGGCAAUUGGUGUGGAGCGGAGACCACUGGAAAGGGCUUGCCUUGCUGCACGUGUGAUAAUACAGUAGACGAAUGCCGUAAAUGUCUGAAACCAAAGGACAGCCUAGACGAAACCUGUCUUCGACACGAUAUGUGUCUGUGUGAUAAACCUCCGGUGGGAUUAGUGCACAUGUGUUACUGUGAGAAGCAGGUGUACGAUGCCGUAGGGCAGGAUCACAUUUGCUGUGAAUAUGGCAAAUGGUGGCAAUAUUUUGAGAAGAAACAUUGCCUAGCUUACAGAAAGAGCAUGCAGUUGUUAUUCAAGGCUAUACCAUGUUGGUGUGACAAGAAAAAGGAACUUGUUCUCAACUUCAGUAAAUGUUAAGUGACUAUUUCCUCAGUACUAGUGUUGCAAGCACUAGUAUGCCCAUCUUAUAUGAGCACAAGUGGGUAGAUCAAACCUAAAAAAUGAAUAAAUACGAUUCCUGGAACUUUAAUUUUACUGAGAAUCGAAAUUAGAACUAGAAAUCAAGUAAUAUGGUUAGAUAAAAUUUAAAACUUUCAGAAUAAAAAUGACCCUAACUGUAUCACACGUUUAUUCU